CCCCUCCUCAGGCAUGCAUCGGAUCUUGUGAUUGAUUUUCUCUCCUUAUUAUUGACAACGUCGAAAGCCGUUGUGGUCACUGCGUUGAAGAACCAUCUAUAGGUGGCCGAUGUGAGACCGGUUCAUCAGACACGGCCCAAAUCACUCGCUUAGAGGCCUGUCCUAGUCGGUUUGACUUGGUUUGGUGAGCUUGGAUGGCAGACAAAAGGAGCUCAAAACGAUCAGGGCGACAGUUGAUAUAGUACGGAGCAGCCCGUCUAUGCUGUCUGUGUGUUGUGCUAUAUCGACAAUAUGAGGGCACAAGCUAUUGGACUGCUCUCAGUCGCAACGCUUGUUCCUUCUAUUGUCGGUGUUGCUUUACCUCGAUCCCCAUCCGAACCUAACCAGCCAAACCCUCGGCGCUUUCCACUGAAUGAAACGGCCGUCGCGAUUGCCCCAGACGGCAGUACCACUCGCUUGUUAUCGAUAGCAUCAACGUCAAUAACACAGGUGGAAGAGGAAUUUUCCUCUUUUCCUGGCCAAGCAUUUUCUACUGAAGUUAACAAGUCAGCUUCGCCAAAGAACAGUUCUGAUUAUUCUGUCCAGAGACUGCCAAUAACUUCACAGUUGGAUCAAGAACCGACCACUUCAUCUGAGAGCACUCGACUUACUCUAGUAACUCAUCUUCGAUCUUUCUCGGAACCUUCAACUUCACGUUUCUUCCAGACAAUUCCUAAAUCUGUUGCUCCGGCGAAUGGCAACCCGUCUGAUCAUGAUAGAGGUGCAAGCUCUGUAGCAACUCAAGCUGAUAUCCAGGCUUCGGCUCAGAGGAGACCACACCAGGGGUUCGCACAUUCUUUUACACAAGCCGCACCCAAUAAUACCAAACUGCAAACACAAACAUGCGGUCCUGGCUCCAAGUCUCCCUGCGGCUGGAUUCCCUCAGUUACUUCGAAAGGAAAUGAGACAUACACACCUGGGCCAUGGACGUCUGGUACACUGACGCUGAUAGCACCAACGUCAGUGUUGCCGUGCACGACAUUGCAGGACAACGAACCCAUCACCGAGUAUUCCAUCGUGUAUACAUCGACGAUAACAUUCUUUGGAAACCGAAGUGAUUACACGCCACCCUAUCCUACUAUCAGUACCCCCAACAUUUGCGAGACCGAGGCCCCAAGCCCAUCAUUCUCAAAGAUUGUCCCAUCUCAUGGCUCCGAGGGAGCCGGAACACUACCAUGGCCAGGGUCUGAAUUAACUAAGGAGCCUCCUCAAGGUUGCUUACGGGGAAAAUCUUGUACUUCGGAAAAGCCUCCUGGGUGGUCGAAUCCGACAGCCGUUCCUGGAGUGCCAGGCUUAACUAUGUCAAGUUCACGAAUGACCGUGACAUUUAUAACGACUGACAAAAACCCUGCGGUUGUAUUCCCUACAAAGCCGCCACCGCACUUCGACCGACCGACCGGUGGAGGGGUUCUUCCUAUGAGUAAUAAACAACUACCCGAGCCUUCCAAAGCACCGGGCUCAAACCACCCAGAUUCUUCUGGGGGGCACGGAAAGUCGAGUCCCCAGUCAGGGCCCCAGCCUGACGUGAAACCGCGACCUUCAGCAGAAUCCGGACCAAGGCCAACAUCAGAACCCCAGCCAGAAAUCGAGCCACAAGGAGGUCCACAGCCCCAAUCACAGCCUGACGCUAAACCUGAACCCCCUAGGAAGUUUUUUGUGACUGCCAGAGGUCAAGAAGUUAUUGUCAAUGAUAAGACCUUUUCGAGUCUCAGAGCAGAUCAAACAACAACAGUUACUGUCGAUUAUGGAACAUUCACAAUCCGCCCAACAGAAGUGGUUGGUGAAGGAGCAACAGUUAAGAAACCGCAGCCUGUAGGUACUGUGAUAUCUGUUAUCAGCCCUACUGGUGCGACUAUUGGAGAGGUACCUGUUACUGUUUCGGGUACGGAAGCUACUGUGGGCGGCACGAGGCUCAAGAUUCCUCUUAUGGGCACGACCACAAGGCUUAAAGUUCUUGUCGCCGGGUCCAGUACUAUUAUGGAGGAGCGACAGGUGUCCAUUGCGCCUGGUAGAGUGGUGGUUGAUGAUGAAACACUCACAUACCAUGGGGUCGGUGGCCCUCAGACAGACGUAAUCAUUGAGGGUGGUGAAAUGGUCACUGCAGUUGGAAGAUCCGUGUUUGUCUUUCACUCUACGACUCUGAUAUACGGAACUGGCGCCCCCGUUACAACGGAAACAAUAGAUGACGAUACUAUCACUGUUGGACCAGAGGGUAUUGUUGUCGACGGGACCACUCUAGGCGGGUCUGACGCUGAGGUUACCGACACCAAAUUUCGGAUUGUUGGUGGGGCUACUAUCACCAAAGUCAACCCUUCAUACGUGAUAAUCGACGAAACGACCUUCACUGCCGGGCCUGGUGCCAAGAGCACAACAAAAGAGGCCGGGGGUGAGACCAUCACAAUCGGGCCCAGCGGUAUCAUCAUUGGCACAAUGACAAUAAAGUAUCCCUUUGGGGCUUCAACUGUAACCACCAUCGAGGCGAAAGCGACAGCGUCCGAUGAGUUACCUGUUGCUACGGGAACCAGCAACACCAAUGCUAAAGAGGACGGAAAGGGUAAGAAAGACGAUGACAGUGGUGCGAUUUUACAACAGCCAGGUUUAGCAACAGGAAUGACUGGAUUUUGCAUAGCGUUUGGCGUUUGGAUUCUGUUUUGAACCUGGCAUUGGUCACGAUUCACCAUAUUAGGGUCCGUGUCAGGAAACAGAUUGGCUUUUAGCACCUAGGUUUUAAUGGCAUGACAGUAACUAGCAUUGCAUGAAAGAGAUUUGGAAUUAUGGAUGGGAAACACGAUAUACGACUAGUUGGCUUGUAAUUUAUGACUGGGAUUGACGUUAUAAUUACAAAGGGCAUCUAAAACGCGAGUAAAUAUGUAUUACUAUUAGUUCCUUAUUAAAUAACCAGGAAACUCCCCAGAUAAAUUCUUGGAGCCUAGUGAGUAUUAUGGCUCGUUAAAUAGGACUGAUUAAAAUCUUAUUUCAGUACUUGUAAGUUAUAACCUAUAUAAAUAUGGGCAACCUUAGCACUAUUUCAUAAGGUUUAUAAUACUAACGAUGAACUAUUGGCGUCCUGGCUAAUUCUUCCUAUAUGAACAGCGCAGGAUCAGCUUUGAAUGAAGUUCUCUCAAUG